GCAUGUCCUGCAGUACUGAGGUCUCCUCUGGCAGAGGCAUGCUGUCAGAGUAGGCAAAAUGAAGCGCACCAUACCUGUUCUGCUCUACCUAGGGCUGAGACUGCACAUGGCACAGCAAGGACCCUCAGGGACCCUCCCAAAACCCUCUCUCUGGGCCAUUCCAGGCUCUGUGAUCCCAAGGGGACGUAAUGUAAGCCUAUGGUGUCAAGGGAUCCAGGGUAUCCAGAGUUACCGUCUGAACAGAGAAGGAAGAUCAAAGUUCUUGGGAAAACCAAAUCUACAUGGAAACAAGGCCAAGUUCUCCAUCCUAUCUAUGACAAGAGAUGAUGCAGGGCGAUACCGCUGUUACUAUCUCAGUGGUGCUGACUGGUCAGAGCCCAGUGAAGCCCUGGAGCUGGUGGUGACAGGAGUCUAUAGCAAACCCAGCCUCUCAGCCCUGCCCAGCACUGUGGUGACAUCAGGAGCCAAUGUAUCCCUCCAAUGUGCCACAGAACAACAAUGUGACAGGUUCAUUCUGACUAAGGAAGGAGAAGCCAACAUCUCUUGGAACCUUGAAUCCCGACGUCUUCCCAAUGGACAGUUCCAGGCCCUGUUCCCAGUGGGACCAGUGAUUCUUGGUCCCAGGUUAUCAUUUAGAUGCUACAGCUAUGACAAGGAAAGUCCCCAUGUGUGGUCCAUACCCAGUGACCCCCUGGAGGUUGUGGUCUCAGAAUCAUCUACUCCCAGUCCCCCAUGCUCAGGGCACAUCACCACACCAGGAUGCACUGGGGGUCCCAUCUCCCCACCCACUUCUCUCGGCUCCACAGCAGAUGCCACUCAUGGCCAUGGUCUGGGAAGGAACCUGGAAGUUGUGAUUAGGAUCUCAGUGGCUUUUCCCCUCCUGCUCACCAUUGUUGUGCUCUUGCGACUCCAGCAUCAGGGCUACUGCAAGAAGGCAGGACCCAGCUCUGCUGACACCUGCCCAGAGGACUCCCACAGCCACCAGGCAGCUGACUCUGAAGGCAACCAGGGAGUCUAUGCCCAGCUGAACAGCUUCAAGCUCAGAGGGGAGCCAACCACAACCUCUUCCUACCAGCAAAAGAAGUUCCCAGCUGUAAGCAGUGCGUAUGCCCAUCUGGGUGUCCAUCAGCACAAGAGAGACCUCAGAACCCACAGUCCAAGAAUUGGCUCCUAGGGACCUCAGGAGGGAAAACAGUUUCCCCAUGAACCUUCAGCUAAGGACUAUGGUCAGCCUAGCGGCCUGACGUGGGACCUGAGAUGUUCUAGAAGUUGCCUGAUCAUGAAAUCCAAGAUAGCUACAUUAACACAUCUGAACAUUUAACAAGUAAGUUUCUAAAAUAACUAAGACUCAGCAAAGGACAUCACAAACCCAUCAGAUUUAUCCUAAGAUUAAAAACAUGCAUCAAGGUCAUGAAGUAUGUGUACUUCAGAGUAAAGGAAAACCUUAAAUAAACUGAAAUGGAGAAACAAACAAUUCAAUGAUUGCUAGGUGCAACAAAAUGACAUUAAUAUUGACAAGGUGUGAAAGUAGGAAAUAAUGACCAUAGCAACAAAUAGUAAUUUAAAUUAAAACAAUAUAAAUAUAAACUUAACUUGAAAGUCUAAUAAAGUUGAUGAUACCCUGAGAACAUUUCAAAGGAAAACAAUAUUCACACAAGAAAUACAGAAGGAAAGUGUCUCAACUUGUGCAGCUGGGGACAUGAUGGUCCCACCAGAAACUCUCCCUCAUUUUUCAUUAGAGGAAAAUGGCAGCACAGGACCCCUGGGUUAAUCAGCAGCAAACAACACACCCUGGAGUCUAAAAGUAUGAGCAAGGUGGGGUUGCCUCAAGAAUCAGGACUGGGUGAGUCAUUUAGAUCAUCAGUGUAUUUUACUGCACUUACAGAAAAAAGGAUAAAUGUGUUCACCUGAGCAGAGGAAGAACACAUUCUUUGGAAAGCCAGCAGGUGUUCACAAUUUCAAAUAUUAGGAAAAGUGCUCAAUUUAAUUGGAUGGAAACUUACACAGCACCUGGAAGAAGCCUCCUACUUACAAAGGAACUUGGUAUCUUUACCCCAAGAAUUAAGAAGGAGAGUAGAUGCUUUGUUGCUGGGCUCAUGUUCAACAUUUCUCUGGAGGUCUAGGCAAGGAUUGAAGGCAAGAUGAUGACAGCAAACAGAAAUGACCAUGAGGACAGAGAAAGCUGAAGGAUGGGCUGUGACUCUUCAGAAAUUGUCAGAGUCAUCAUGUGAAAGGAGCUUGAUUCUGCUCCUAUAAAACAGAAAUUCAUUAGGAGGAAGAUAAUAAACAUAUCAAAAUAAAAACUUUUUUUGUCUUUUUCCUUUUUCCUUUUUUUAUCGGUACCAGGGAUCGAACUCAUGACUGCCUGCUUGCAAGGCAGGCACUUAUGCCGCUGAGCUAAAUCCCCAGCC